GGUCGGAUAAAAAUUUUGACGUUUCGUGUUUAGGGACAAAUUAAAAAUCCAUUGGUACAUUGAGAUGAAAGAAGCUUCAAGCUCGAAAUCUCUAUAAUAAAGAUAAUACAGCCGUUGUCGUUUUUCUUUGCUGAUCGUUGUGUAGCGAUACAACAGAGCAAACGCAAAAGCCGACGAAAUCGUGACUGGUUAACUAGGCCAUUUCAAAACUUUCAGACGGCUGUACAGUGUGCAGUGCAUUGAGUUGAACGUACGAAGAAGAAAAGAGUUACGAACCACAUCAGAAACUCCAUCAUCAUCGCCAUGCAGCUUCUUUCGGGACUGGUGAAAACAACGCUACCGAACUAUCUUUCUGGGCUACCUAUCCCGGACAGUUUCGGCGGAUGGUUCCGGUUAGGAUUUAAGGAUUGGCUAUCGCUAGUCCCACCGUCGGCCGCAGUCGCCGGUGUCGUGUACAUGUCCUAUUUGGCGUUCUGCCCGGAGGCGCGGCCGAAACUAUCGAAAAAGGUGAAUAACUCGGUUCGUCUCGAUGAGCCCAAGGUGGUCGAUAUGAUCGAUAUCGAGGAUAUCACUGAAAAGGCUGCUUUCUGUCGAUGCUGGAAGACUAAAAAUUGGCCCUAUUGCGAUGGCUCACACGGUGCGCACAACAAGGAGUGUGGCGACAACCUUGGUCCGGUGGUGGUGCAGCGAAAGAAAAACUAAUCGCGCAACCUUAAAACAUCUACGCGUUUCCUAGUGUCCAGGGGUGUUGUAUUCAUUGCAAGUAGAAAAAAGACAAAAAUCUUAUGUUCCAAAAUACUUUGCACUCUGCUUUUAAU